UCUGAGCCCAAACCCAAAGAUGUCUCCUACAUACUUGCUAGUGGUGUUGCUUGGCCUGGUGGUUCUCACCGCCCCCUCACUUGCUGAUUACCCAAAGCAUCCCCCAUUCGAGAAGCCACCACCAGAGCAUAAGCCUCCGGUGGAGAAGCCACCUCCUGAACACAAGCCUCCGGUGGAGAAGCCACCUCCUGAACACAAGCCUCCAGUGGAGAAGCCACCUCCUGACCACAAACCGACCCCAUUGGAAAAACCUCCCAAGGGGGAGAAGCCACUCCCAGAACACAAGCCACCAACCCCAGUUGGCAAACCACCUAAGGGAGAGAAGCCACCACAUUAUGGUCACAACCCUGGUCACCCUCCUGCUGAGAAUGCUGAAGACUCAUACAAGCCACCUCGGAAGAUUAAGCCUCCUUCAACUCCAGCAGAGAAGCAACCAGGUCCUGGAAAGAAGCUGCCAACUCCUCCGCACAAGCCACCCCAGAAACCUCCUACUCCCACCCAUCCCAACUGAGUGACUUUGAUCAGUAUGAGUAGUAUGUGAAAUAAGAGCUGCUAUGCACCCGUAAUUUCCUUUCUUGUGACUCUUAUGCAGUGUUCUGUAUAUAUAGAUCUGUCACCCAUGUCCUAUUCUGGAAUUUUGACGUAAGUUGCUCAUAGUAAGUGUUUGCCCCAUGCUUAUAGCUGAUGAGCACUGAGACAUGCGUACGCUGUUAAUGCUAUUUAUGUCGAUAAUAUUUUGUGCUAUCUAUAUUUAGCUUUCUUGAAUAUAUCCAGUACUAUCAAUCACAA